UUGAAUCUUCCCCUUCUUCUUCAAUUCCCUUCAUUCCCUUCUUUCUCCAUAUAUAUCAAGCAUAAAAGUACAACGUUAGUAACGUAACAAAGAAACAAAAUCGAUAUUCAAUAUUUAUCUUCUCCUAGGUUUUGUGCCUCCCUUUUUAUGGAAGCUCCGGCUACGAUCAGGUACACCUUCACCGCACCCUCUUCCAUGCACCUCCACCGUCGUCCUUCCAACUCUGACUGCUCCGGUCGCUGUUUCUGUUCUUGUCACUGCUGUUGAAUUCAUUUCCAAGCACACUUCUGUUUGCACUCUUCCACGGAUGGAUAUUACUCCGUCGCAAUCGAGCAAUCUGUCUCUAGGGUUUGUUUCUCAUGAGUCGAUCACCUUUCGGCUCAAUCCUCGCGUUCGUGACUCUUCCCAUUCGGAUGAGGAGAGGGAUGUCCAAGAGUUCCGCAUUUUAGGGCAUUCGAUGUGUUUAAAGAGGAAGAGAGAGAUCAGUUCGACGCCAGGGCUUGAAUCGCGAAGAAAUGCUGUUAGAGCAUGGGGCAAUCAGGGCCUAAGUGUAGCUGAUCCUGAUUUGUAUGAGAUAAUGGAGAAGGAGAAGCAACGGCAACACAAAGGGAUUGAAUUAAUUGCUUCCGAGAAUUUCGUGGGCAAGGCAGUAAUGGAGGCAUUAGGUAGCCAUUUAACGAACAAGUACUCCGAAGGAAUGCCAGGGGCAAGGUAUUAUGGUGGCAAUCAGUAUAUAGAUGAAAUCGAGACGCUAUGUUGUAAGCGUGCAUUGGCUGCUUUUGGACUUGAUCCAGAGAAUUGGGGUGUGAAUGUGCAGCCAUAUUCCUGCACCUCAGCUAAUUUUGCUGUUUAUACUGGUUUAUUACACCCUGGUGAUCGGAUUAUGGGUUUGGAUACACCAUCUGGUGGAAACACGAGCCAUGGAUACUAUUUGCCCAAUGGGAGGAAAGUUUCAGGAGCUUCAAUCUUCUUUGAGAGUUUAUCUUAUAAGGUUGACCCCCAAACUGGGUAUGUAGAUUUUGAUAAGCUUGAAGAAAGGGCUCUUGAUUUCCGGCCCAAGAUUCUUAUAUGUGGGGGAAGUUCCUAUCCCCGAGAAUGGGAUUAUGCAAAGUUUAGACAAAUUGCUGAUAAAUGUGGAGCAGUUUUAAUGUGUGACAUGGCACAGAUUAGUGGCCUUGUUGCCGCAAAGGAGUGUUUGAGUCCCUUUGACUAUUGUGACAUUGUUACUUCAACAACCCAUAAGAGUCUCCGAGGCCCUAGGGGAGGUAUUAUCUUCUACAGGAAAGGUUCAAAGCCAAGGAAGAGAGGCAUGCUUUUGAAUCAAGGUGAUGGCAGUGAUAAAUAUGAUUUUGAGGAGAAGAUAAACUUUGCCGUUUUUCCUGCUCUUCAGGGUGGGACACACAAUAACCAUAUUGCUGCCCUAGCAGUGGCAUUGAAACAAGUGGCUAGUCCUGAAUACAAGGCAUAUAUGCAACAAGCAAAGAGAAAUGCUCAGGCGUUAGCAGCUGCUUUAUUGAGAAGAAACUGUAGGCUGGUUACUGGAGGGACAGACAAUAACAUGAUAUUGUGGGAUCUGAGAAAUCUUGGGUUAACAGGUAAGAAUUUCGAAAAGGUCUGUGAGUUGUGUCACAUCACUGUCAACAAAGUGAUGAUCUUUGAUGAUAAUGGGAGUAUGACCCCAGGAGGUGUGAGGAUAGGGACCCCUGCUAUGACAUCAAGAGGCUGCCUGGAGAAUGAUUUUGAGAUGAUAGCAGAUUUCCUUCUUAGAGCAGCACAGAUUGCUAAUUCAGUACAGAAAGGACACGGAAAGCUGGCAAAGGCUUUCUUGAAGGGCCUUGAGAACAACAAUGACAUUAUUGAGCUACGGACACGUGUUGAAAAUUUUGCUUCGCUGUUUGAAAUGCCUGGAUUCGAAGUAUAGUUGGAGGGGUAAUUCUUGCAGAAGACCACAUUCUUGUGUUUGACGCUAACCUUUUCUUGGGAGAAGUGCGCUCAAUUCUUGUCCAAGCAAUCUUCUUGGACUACUAUGAUGUCAACACUGGAGAGCCUUUUCCACACCGCCAUCCUUGAUUAACUAAAGAUAUGCCAUUGUCAGUUGACAUGACUACUGAAAUUAGAGGUUAAUUGAAGGCCUGAACCUGGCCGCACUUGUAAUUAUUUAGGCGGAGAUUUGGGUUUAUGAAAUAGUUUACCUCAGACAAGAUUUUCACUUUUAUUUGUUAUGGCCAUAGUGUCCUAUUUCGUUCAUUAUUCUUUCUUUGUACCUAUGGUGUUAUACAGUAAUUAUUAUGGUUGGGUUGAAGAAGUACGUAUUCUGUUAUUUUCUCUAUUAUAUAUAAGAGGUUACAAAGUGGAAUGU